GUUUUUCUAUUGGCCCUGAAGAGCCGGAGAGAGGAGAGGAGAGGAGGAGAGGAGGAGAGGAGCAGCUCCGGAGCCGCAGAUCUGAUCUGAUAAGAUUUAAAGCUCUGUAAACAGGCUGGAUUAGCACGUGCUGCGCCGGUGUUUGAUAAUCUGCACAUGCUCAGAGUGACGGAGUGAGGGCGCUGGACUCGGCGCUGGAGCAGGUAGAUGAUGGAUGUAUGGAUGAUGCAGGAGUGUGAGUUGAAGGACAGCAGAACGCCUCCUCUCUGGGUGCUGAAGCAGGAGGUCAUGAUAAAGAGCUGAAGCUCAAACAACAGGAGCUCCAUCCUCCUCCUCCUGGCGGCUCUGAGGGGUAUUUUGUGCACCUGCCUGCUCAGCCGGGUUCUCCUCCUUUGUGGUGGAGAUGUUCCCGACUCGGUGCUGAGAUGGUGGAGGGACGCUCUGCAGCACCUCUGACGCACCUCAACAUGUAAAGAUGACAGUGUAUCGUCCAGGGUCAGAGUCCACAGAAUCAGGUGGCGCUUUAUUUCUCACACUCCUGCCAUGCCGUAAGCCCCCUGUUGGCCGUAAGGCAGCAUGACGGCCGUCUACCCGGCCUCUGGAGGUGCUGGUGGGGGUCCAGCUGGUGCUCAGCGCUACGGUCGCUGGACCCGGCAGGACAGCUCAGAUAUCUGCACGGACGACGAGGGUCCAGCACCCCGCAGGCUAACACCGCUCGAGAAACUCAACCUGGACAUGUGCCAAGAUGACAAGGUGGUCCGGGAGCUGACGGUGGGCCGGCGGAUCGGAUUCUACAAAGUCCGUGGAGAGAUCGGCUGCGGGAACUUCUCCCACGUCAAACUGGGCAUCCAUGCACUGACCAAAGAUAAGGUGGCCAUCAAGAUCCUGGACAAGACCAAGCUGGACCAGAAGACCCAGAAGCUUCUCUCCAGGGAAAUCUCCAGCAUGGAGAAGCUGCACCAUCCCAACAUCAUCCGGCUGUACGAGGUGGUGGAGACCCUGACCCGCCUGCACCUAGUGAUGGAGUACGCGGCUGGGGGGGAGCUUUACACCAAAAUCACCACGGAGGGGAAACUGUCCGACAUUGACAGCAAGAUAGUCUUCUCUCAGGUCCUCUCCGCCGUCAAGCACAUGCAUGACAACAACAUAAUCCACCGCGACCUGAAGGCGGAGAACGUGUUCUAUACCUGUAGCACGUGCGUGAAGGUGGGCGAUUUCGGGUUCAGCACUGUGAGCCGGCGGGACGAGACGCUCAACACGUUCUGCGGCUCCCCGCCGUACGCCGCGCCCGAGCUGUUCCGGGACCAGCACUACACGGGCGUUCACGUGGAUGUGUGGGCACUAGGGGUCCUGCUGUUCUUCAUGGUGACGGGCACCAUGCCGUUCAGGGCCGAAACGGUGGCCAAGCUGAAGCGCUCCAUCCUGGAGGGCACGUACGCGGUGCCGGCGUGGGUGCCCGAGCCGUGCCAGAGGCUGAUCCGCGCCAUCCUGCAGCUGCAGCCGUCCGAGCGCUGCAGCCUGGACCAGAUGAUGGCCUGCGAGUGGCUCCGGCCUGUGGACUUCCCCAAAGCCAUGGAGCCGUUUAAGCUGGACCCGCUGUACUUGGCGGAGGCUGGGCCGGCCGAACUGGAGGAGGACGAGAUCGAAGUGAGGAGCGCUUUGCAGAAGCUCGGCAUCACGACGGAGCACAUACGCAACAACCAGGGCAAAGACUGCCGGAGCUCCAUCACAGGCGUUUACCGGAUCCUCCUGCACCGCGCACACAAGCGGCGGGCCGUGGAGAGCAUGCCGGUGGUCACGCACGUGGUGACCGGGACGGACGUGAAGAAGGAGCGGCUGAAGGCCUACAGGAGCCUCAGACACACCUCAAAACUCUGCGCCAUUCUGUGACGCCGGUCUGCAAGAAUUCGAGCUUUGGCGCAAAUGUGGCGAAACGUUUUAGGCUUUUAGGUUUUAAUCCACAGUUUUAGCCGAUGGUUCAAUUUGAACGAGUAAGAGUUAUCGUUACUGGUAAAAACGUGAAAUUUACACUGCAAAAAAAUGAUGUCUGGUCAAGUGAAAUGAUCUUAAAUCUACUCGAUAUUUCUAAUUUAGGGUGGUUGUGCAUUUACAAGAUUUUCUAGCUUAUUUUCUGAUGUUUUUUAGGUCAUUUUACUGAAUAGAAUUAUCUCACUAUAGUUUUGUUGGUUUCAAGCUCAUUUCUUAACACAAGCAGAAUUAUCUGCCAACAUAGUGAAGUAACUUUAUAAAAGUUCUUCAAACAAGUAAAAAUGUCUAGAAAUAAGUUUAAAGUUUAAAGUUAAGCUUACAACAGUAUCAACGGGAGAAAUGUUAGAUGUCUUGACUAGAUUUAAGACCGUUUUACUUGACAAGACACCAUAUUUUGCAGUGUAGUGUAUGAAUCUGAUCGGAUUUUACUGCUAGGAAUCAGAUUUUACAGCAAGGAAUGAUUUUGACCUGCGAGAAUUCGAUUUCUCACAAAUUGUGUAGAAUUGUGUUUAAUGUGCAAAUUGUAUGAAUGAAUAACCAAAUUAUCGCUGACCAAAAAAUGAAUCUCCAUUUGGUUUCAUCAGCACGGCAGCUUUACUUUACACUGUACACUUUACACUGUACACUGUACACUUUACACGGUAUACUUUACACUGUACACUUUACACUUCACACUGUACACUUUACACUGUACACUUUACACUGAACACUGUA